CCUCAACCACCCCUGCUCCCUGGGAUCUGCCUCCCUUGGCCACCCCUGCUCCCCUCUGCUCCCCAGGAUCUCCCAUCCGCUCUCUAGUGUGUGUGUGUCCCCCGCAGCCACCCCUGCUCCCAGGAUCUCCCUCCCUCAGCCACCCCUGCUCCCUGGGAUCUGCCUCUCCUGUAACCUGCCUUCUCUCCUCUCCUGCCUUCUCUCAUCUCCAUGGCUCUGGCUCACAGGUGGUCUUGUCUGUCCAUCCUUCCUCACUCUCCAUGCCUGUGUCAUUCCCUGAGGAAUUCCAGAGGACCGACAGCCUGUCUCCUGGCUGCCUGGAGGGAAGGAACAGUCACAAACCAGAACUGGGAACGUGGCAGUAUCCUCUAGGCAGUGGGUAUAGAUAGACACACUGCAGGCCCUGUGAUUGUCAGCUCUAAUAAACGAUAGGAGGAAGUUGGGAGACGAACGUAAUUCCUUGUACCUUGGUGAUGUAAAUCAAGGGAGCGAAGAACCACCGUGACACAGAUUUAAAUCUCUUUGCAGGCGGUGGCUGUGGGCUCCAGACAGCUGCCGUCUCUUCACAAAGCUGCAGGAUAGUGACCUCUCACCUCUGAGAACAGCGUUUCUGGACCUGCUGACAGCUGCCCAGCCGUACCUAGCACAAUGUCAGGUCAUCACACUCCCUCUGCUGGGGGUCCCUUCUCAGCACUCACUCCCAGCAUUUGGCCUCAGGAGAUCCUGGCGAAAUACUCACAGAAAGAAGAAUCCGUUGAGCAGCCAGAGUUCCACUAUGAUGAAUUUGGUUUCCGAAUUGAUAAGGAAGAUGGUGCUGAGCCAAAUUCCAGCAAGCUUCUGGGUGUCCCACUGACAGAGGAGCCUCAGCAGAGGCUCAAGUGGCAGGCUCAUCUGGAAUUCACACACAACCAUGACGUGGGCGACCUUACCUGGGACAAAAUUGAGGUCACCCUGCCACAUUCAGACAAGCUGCGCUCCCUGGUACUCGCUGGCAUCCCACACAGUAUGAGGCCACAGCUGUGGAUGCGCCUGUCAGGGGCCUUGCAGAAGAAGAGGAAUUCAGAGAUGUCAUACCGGGAUAUUGUGAAAAACAGCUCUAACGAUGAAACCAUUGCUGCCAAACAGAUUGAAAAGGACUUGCUCCGCACGAUGCCCAGCAACGCCUGCUUCUCUAACAUGAACAGUAUUGGGGUGCCACGGCUACGCAGGAUACUACGGGGACUUGCUUGGCUCUACCCAGAGAUUGGAUAUUGCCAAGGCACUGGCAUGAUGGCUGCCUCUCUGCUGCUCUUCUUGGAGGAGGAAGAUGCCUUCUGGAUGAUGUGCGCUAUCAUCGAGGAGCUGGUUCCUGCCUCCUACUUCAGCACCACCCUGAUGGGUGUGCAGACAGACCAACGUGUCCUGCGACAGCUCAUUGUGCAGUACUUGCCCCGCCUGGACAAGCUGCUCCAGGAGCAUGACAUUGAGCUCUCCUUGAUCACCUUGCAUUGGUUCCUCACCUCUUUCGCUAGUGUUGUCCACAUCAAGCUGCUGCUGCGUAUUUGGGACCUCUUCUUCUAUGAGGGCUCUCUGGUGCUGUUCCAGCUCACUUUGGGCAUGCUCAGUAUGAAGGAGGAUGAGCUAAUCCAGUCUGAGAACUCUGCCUCAAUCUUCAACACGCUCUCAGACAUCCCAAGUCAGAUUGAAGAUGCAGAUGUGCUGCUGCGGGAGGCCAUGCGAGUGGCUGGCUCGCUGACGGAUGUGGCAGUGGAGACCCAGCGUUGCAAACACUUGGCCUACCUCAUUGCUGACCAAGGGCAGCUGCUCAACUCCAGCCCCACUGUCAACAAUUUAUCCAAAAUUGUGCGGCGCAGGACUCAGCGCAGGAAAUCUGGCAUCACCUCUCUGCUUUUCGGGGAUGAUGAUCUGGAGGCACUGAAAGCCAAGAACAUCAAGCAGACGGAGCUGGUGGCUGACCUGCGAGAGGCCAUUCUCCAGGUGGCGCGGCACUUCCAGUGUGUGGAUCCCAAGAACUGCAGCAUUGAUCUGACUCCAGACUACAGUAUGGAGAGUCACCAGCGGGACCACGAGAACUAUGUGGCCUGUUCCCGCAACCGACGACGACGAGCCAAGGCACUACUGGACUUCGAGCGUCAUGAUGAUGAUGAACUGGGCUUCCGCAAGAAUGACAUCAUUACGAUCAUUUCCCAGAGGGAUGAGCACUGUUGGGUGGGAGAACUGAAUGGACUGAGAGGCUGGUUUCCUGCAAAAUUUGUGGAGAUUUUGGAUGAGCGGAGCAAAGAGUACUCCAUUGCUGGAGAUGACUCAGUGACAGAAGGGGUGACAGACUUGGUGCGAGGGACGCUGUGUCCAGCCUUGAAGGCCAUAUUUGAACAUGGAUUGAAGAAGCCGUCUCUGCUAGGGGGGGCCUGCCACCCUUGGCUCUUCAUUGAAGAGGCUGCAAGCCGGGAGGUUGAACGGGACUUUGACUCCGUGUAUUCUCGCCUUGUGCUCUGCAAGACUUACAGGCUUGAUGAAGACGGCAAAGUUCUGACUCCAGAGGAGCUGCUGUACCGGGCGGUUCAGGCUGUGAACAUGACGCAUGAUGCUGCACAUGUACAGAUGGAUGUGAAGCUUCGUUCCCUCAUCUGUGUUGGACUCAACGAGCAGGUGCUGCAUUUGUGGCUAGAGGUUCUGUGCUCAAGCCUGCAGACCGUGGAGAAGUGGUUCCAUCCCUGGUCGUUCCUGCGCAGUCCCGGCUGGGUGCAGAUCAAAUGUGAGCUGAGAGUCCUCUGCAAAUUUGCCUUCAGCCUCUCUCAGGACUGGGAGCUGCCAAUAAAGAGGGAGGAGAAGGAGAAGAAGCCACUGAAGGAAGGGGUACAGGACAUGCUCGUGAAGCACCAUCUCUUCAGCUGGGACAUAGAUGGGUGACCCCUACCCUGCCCCAUUCUGGGGAACCUUCUCAAUGGCGCACACUCCUUUUCCUCCCUCGCCCCCCGUUGUGUCUCACUCCCUGCCCUCCCCCACCCCACUCACUUGUAUCUGUGACAAAAUCCCUCUCGAGGGGGCUGCCAGCCCACCUGGGACGGAUGGCAGCAGCGCUGAGAGGCCGAGCUGCAGAUGCAAGGGAGGUGAUGGUCAAGGGCGAUGCUGCAAGGGGACAAGUGUGUUCUGGCAACAAAAAUGUGCCCCCCUCCCAGCCUGCCCUGUCUCUGCCACCCCCAUUUUCUCCUUGCCGCAGCCCUGCCUCCCCCCGGUGCCUGGGGGAGCAGCCUGGUCCACAGCCCCUCGUGCACUGCCCCAAGGGCCAGCAGCUGCGGGGGGGUGUGAGCGUGUCAGCUGCUGUGGGGAAGAGAUGGCCCUUGUGGGGUGGCUUUUAUCCAUGAAAGCUGGUGCUGUUGGCAGGUGGCACUGCAGGUGCAAGUGGAAUUGGGCUGGUGAGUGACUCAGCACGGCACGGGAGCAGGGAAAGCACAUCCCUCCGUGCCAGCCAAGGGCUUGCCUCUGUUGGGGAGAGGGAUGGCAAACCCUGAAGCACUUGGACAAGUUCCUCUGACCGGGAGCCAGGACUGAGAAGGGGGAACUGGCAUCAGCCUCAUCCCACCUCCCUGGCAUUGGGGCGUGGGGUGUUGACAAGAGGUGCCCAACUGCACCAGCCUGUUACCACUGUACCAGCCUUAGGGGAUGGGCCUUGUCUCCUCUGGGAGCAGACAAAACCCACCUGUCCCCUAAACAAGAGUGUUUCAUGCUGUCAUUUUAGUCUCUAGAUUAUUUUUACUGUUAACCAAAAAGAUGUAAAUUAACUCCAGGAAUGUGUAUAUUUUGGCAUUGUUGUAGCUCAGGAGGAGGUUCAGGUUGGAGCUGGCUCAGGGAGACUUGCUCGUCCUCCUCACCCUGCGGUGGCGAUGGGGACACAGGUCAGGAGCGGAAGAAUUGCUGCUUUGUGGUGGUGGCUCUGGAUAUGGAGUCUGUGACUUUCUACUGAAAGCACUUGUCUGUGAGCACAAACUACUCAUGAGAUGACACUAGAUUCUUACUUUCCUUUAUUUGGUGGGUUUGUAAAUAAACUAUCUUGGGAGAGAGCUGGGCUUUGGCUUUGUUUUUUGACAGGAAUGGGAGUAGAUUGAAUUCUUCAUUCCUGCCAGUUGAUCAUUAUGACCCUAUUUCUGCGCCGGCUCCUGCUCAUGUCACACUGAGGUCUCCGCUCAGCCAGGGCUGGCACCGGGGGAUCUCCUCGAUGGCUUUGCCUCGGACUGGGCCACGAGGCUGAGUGGUAGCAGGGGCAGGAGCAGCUGUGCCCAAAGUGCAGCUUGGCAGCAGAGCCCUAGAAAAGCAACACUGAAAAUGAGGGGAUGCACGAGGA